AUGGCUCCAAAGGGACGUAAAAAACGCAAUAGUAAAGACUCAACAUCCAGCAAUGGCGGCAGUGGCGAAGGCGAUGACAAAAAAAAGAAGGAGGGUGGCAGCAAGAAAAAAAGUUCGGGAGGCAAAUCAUUAGGUUGUGAUAUAUUUAAUGAUGCAGCCAUGGAAAAUGCCUAUUAUGUCUGUCAUAAUGUACAGGAUGUUUUAAAAUCUCGCGGCUUUGCUUGGCCAGAUGGUCAAAAGAAAAAGAAGAAGGGUAAGAGAUAAGUAAGUGAAUGAAUUAAAUAUUUAACCUACAAAUCAC